AUGAAGCUCCAUUGGGUCGCAGGCCUCCUCUUGGGGCUUAUUGCUCCCUCUGUGGACGCCAACGUGGAGUCUCACAUCCCCUAUGCCACUGAUUCGAGUCACAUCGAGCCCGAGACCGAAGGGCCUAUCGACCCUGAGCGCUACCUUUGGCAGGCCCGGCCUCAUGGCGGCAGCCUCCUUCCUCGUGAUCAGUUCACGGUGCAUUGUUCCAGCGUAGCCGCUGGCAGCAGGUGCGAGAAUGCCACCGACGGUCUCGCGGAAACCUACUGGGCCAGCAAGCCCCGUCUUCCCCAAGAGGAAGACGUACUCACCCUGGACCUGCACAUACUGCACAACGUGAACGGUAUCUCUAUGCGCCCUCUCCUGGGGGAGGAGGAUCGCGGCCAAAUCGCCAAGCACAAGAUAUACGUCAGCGAAGAUUUCGACGCCUGGAAGUUGGUUGCGUACGGCACCUGGGGCUGGAACAAGAGCCCUAAGAUGUCCGCCUUCGAACCUGUCCGAGCACGAUACGUUAGGCUCGUGGCCAAGAGUGAGGCGCCUCCAGCCAGGCGUCCUAACGAUCAGUAUCCCGAUGCUGUCACUAAGAUCGUCGACAUCAACUGCUCCCCCCACGAGCCCUCCAAGGGCGCUUGGGGCCCGACUCUGGACUUGCCCAUCACGCCCGCAGCCGGUGCCCACAGUUUCAAUUCAAAAGGUGAACAUAAUAUCAUUCUCUGGUCGGCCUGGUCUGAUGACCGCUUCUUUGCUUCUCCCGGGGGCAAGACCUUCACAGCCACCUGGGACCCGUCACGAGGCCAAAUCUUACAGACUAAUGUCACAAACACCCACCACGACAUGUUCUGCCCGGGCAUCUCGAUGGACGUUGACGGCAAUAUCGUCGUAUCUGGGGGUGCCGAUUCCCAGAGGACCAGUGUCUACGACGGUUCGGAGUGGGUCGCUGGCGGUGACAUGAACCUGCACCGCGGGUACCACUCUUCGACCACGCUGUCUGAUGGCAGGAUCUUUGCCAUCGGCGGCUCAUGGAGCGGUGGCUCCAACAUGCCCAAGGAUGGCGAGGUCUAUGACCCGGCGACCAGGCGCUGGCGCAUCCUGCCCAACAUCAAAUCUGAAAUCAUUCACACGGUUGAUAUCCCGCUGCGCAACGACAACCACGCUUGGCUAUUUGGCUGGAAGAAGGGUACCGUCUUCCAUGCCGGCCCGAGUAAGAGAAUGUUCUGGUUUGACACCCAUGGUGAGGGGACAGUAAAGAACGCGACGCGACGUCUCAACGACCAGGACUCGAUGUCGGGCAACGCCGUCAUGUUCGACGCCGUGCGAGGCAAGAUCCUCACCUUCGGUGGCCAGGAGUACUAUGACGGCUCGUUCGGCAGCCGCAACGCCCAUCUCAUCACCAUCAAGGAGCCGUUCAGGCGGCCAAUAGUGGAAGUAGCCGGCUUAAAUGGCACCUCCGGCAUCAAGGGUGCCGGCGGUAUGUACAACCAGCGUGUCUACCAUACGUCGGUCGUGCUCCCAGAUGGCACAGUGUUCAUUACCGGUGGCCAGAUCUACGGCGUGCCUUUCAACGAGGCCGAGCGCGACGUCCAGUUGACGCCCGAGAUCUAUCACCCCGAGUGGGACGUCUUCCUGCCCCUGAAGGAGAACAACAUCGUCCGUGUCUACCACAGUCUGUCCAUUCUGUUGCCGGAUGCGACUGUGCUCAACGGUGGCAGCGGGCUUUGUGGCAACUGCACGGCCAACCACUACGAUGCGCAGAUCUUCAAGCCUCCAUACCUGUAUCGCGAAGAUGGUACCCCCGCCGAGCGCCCUAAAACGCCGGAAAUCGUCGGCGAAAAGUACCAGAAACGCCUCGUUGAUCCGUCAGGAACAGUCUCGCACACGGUCAACACCGACCAGCGCCGCAUUCCGUUAUCGUUGACCCGAUUGGAUGACGCCGACGGUGGCCGUGCUACCUUCAAUGUGACUAUCCCGGACGACUCUGGCAUUGCGCUCCCUGGGUUCUACAUGCUCUUCGUGUUGAACGACAAGGGCGUCCCAAGCGAGGCGGCUAAGGUGAAGGUAGAGCUACCAAAGGCCUCGCACACUUCCACGGAGAUGGAAGACCUUGCCACUUUCGAGUGGGAGGACGAUGUAGCGGAUGUCGAAGAGCAAGAAGCUGACUGCAACAUGGAUAUGGACGAGGAGGCCCAAGGCAUCAUGAAUGCGCUGUUUGCAGCUACUCGCAAGCUUUGGGGCUCGCGCAAGUUGGGGCUAGUGCAGCAGGCUUAG